UGUUCUGAAGGAGGAAGAGGGGGGUGGAGGAGAAAAGGUGAAGAAUCAUUUACAUGUUUUUUACCCGCAGCAGACGGAGUUCCCCCUGUGCAUCCGAUCAGAGACAGAGGAGGAGGAGGCGCGGGGUGAGGAGAAGAGGAGAGAGAGCGAGAGCGAGCGAGCGAGAAAGAGAGAGACCGAGGGAGGAGAAGAGGUCAGAGACACAGGAGGAGGAAUCCGGAGGGUGUGUACUUACGGCUUGUCUGAAGAAAAGGAGGAGACGGAGUGAAAUAAACCAGCGACCCCCUCUGCUCCGACUGAAGGACUUCUGUGGAUCUUUAACGAGUUCAGCUCUCCUCUUAUUGUUAAAGUCUCCCCGCUGUAAACUCAUACUGAAUUUUGGUCCGUGCGUCAUUUGAAGAGUGUGCGUCAGGAUGCGCGUCCAUGCGCUGCUGUGUCUGCUGUGUCUGCUGUGCGCUGCACGCGCUCAGAAGUUCUCCGCUCUCACGUUCCUGCGUGUGGACCAGGAUAAGGACUGCAACACAGACUGCAGUGGAACUCCUCGUAAACCUCUGUGCGCCUCAGACGGACGAACCUUCACAUCCCGCUGCGAGUUCCUCAGAGCCAAGUGUCACGACCCCCAGCUCGAGGUCAUCAGAGGGCCGUGCAAAGAUACGUCCAGGUGUGUAGCAGAGAAGAAGUACACGGAGCAGCAGGCCAAGAAGCUGUUUCCUCAGGUCUUCGUGCCCGUCUGUAACCCUGACGGGACCUACAGCGAGGUGCAAUGUCACAGCUACACAGGUUACUGCUGGUGUGUCACCCCAAACGGACGACCAAUCAGUGGCUCUGCUGUGGCCAAUAAGAAACCUCGAUGCCAAGGAUCUAAACAGGAGAGAGCUACGACCAGAGAACCAGGUAAAUCAGAUGAGACGGGACUGAUGGUCGACACUCCGCCUGCUGCUGAUGAUGACGACAUCACCUCUCAGUACCCCACCCUGUGGACAGAGCAGGUCCGCAGCCGGCAGAACAACAAAACCAGAACUCCAUCCUCGUCCUGUGACCAGGAGCAGCGCUCAGCUCAGGAAGAAGCUCGGCAGCAUAAGAACGACGCCGUGUUUGUUCCGGACUGUUCUCACGGAGGACUCUACAGACCGGUUCAGUGUCACCCGUCCACCGGGUACUGCUGGUGUGUGUUAGUCGACACUGGACGACCCAUACCUGGGACCUCCACCAGGUACGAGCAACCAAAGUACGAGCAACCAAAGUGCGACGGGAACGCUCGAGCUCAUCCAACCAAACCCAAAGAUCACUACAGGAGCCGCCAUCUUCAGGGAUGUCCUGGGUCGAAGAAAACAGAGUUCCUGACGAGCGUGCUCGACGCACUUUCCACAGAUAUGGUGCAUGCCGUCACAGAUCCAGCAUCCGCCGGAAGGAUGGCGGAGCCUGACCCCGCCCACACGCUGGAGGAACGGGUGGUGCACUGGUACUUCAGCCAGCUGGACAGGAACUCAAGCGGAGACAUCGGGAAGAAGGAAAUCAAACCGUUCAAACGAUUCUUGAGGAAGAAGGCAAAGCCCAAGAAGUGUGUUAAGAAGUUUGUGGAGUACUGCGACGUUAGUAACGACAAGGCGCUGUCUCUGCAUGAGCUGAUUGGCUGCCUGGGGGUCACAAAGGAAGAUGGAGCCAAACCAGGAGAAAGUUUAUCUCCCAGUAAACCGAACCCGUCGAGGAAACAGGGCUGAAGCCGGCUGCGUUGGGCCCUCCCCCGUGGGCGGCGAGGAAAACUUAGUAUUUGCACUUUGUACUUUAAUGUAAAUUCACUUUGUAGAGCAGAGGUCUUUAAACAGACGGCUGAUCUGUGAACAGUGUAGUGAGUCCUGACAAACAAAUUAUUAACACAUACAAUGUAUGUGUCCUCUGAGAGUUUGGUGUUUGAAUCUGAAUGUUCGACAGUUUGUUCAAUGCUUCCUGUUCCUUCAGCCUCAGCAGUUUGUGUGAAUGUUUAGAUCUUCAAAACGUCCAACAUGUUCAUCUAUUCAUGUUUAUUAGAAAUAAAAUCUCUUUUAUAGAACCUU